AGAUCAACAGGUACCACUGAUGGACCAAAGCCAUUAACGCCUCAAUACAUUUUCGACUCCUAGAAAAACAUGUCAUUGAAAAACGAUCCUCCCUCAAAGCCUGAGGCGGCGGAAGUGGCGACACCCGAAAUAUUCCCACCAGACGAAGAGAAGAAACUACUUGAGGAAGCAACUGCGGAAAAGGCUUUGGCCAACAAGACAUUUGCGUCAGGCGAAUACAACAGCGCGAUACAAGGAUACGAGAAAGCACUUGCAGUCUGCCCGAACUAUCUUGAAUACGAUGUCGCCGUACUGCGUUCCAACAUAGCAGCAUGUCACUUGAAGCUGGAGGAAUGGAAGCAAGCCGUAGAAUCCGCCACAAAAGCCUUAGAGGCACUAAACCGCAUAGAUCCUCCCCCAGCCCCAAAAGAAACGGGUAAAGACGGAGAGAAAGAAGUAACAGGCGGCGGCGCCGUCCAGGAAAUCGACGACACUACCGAAGUCUACCUCGACGCUCUUACUCGCACAAACCACACGAUAGACGAUGUCCACAAACUCCGCACCAAAGCACUUCUCCGCCGUGCAAAAGCCCGCCACGAAUUCGGUGGCUGGGCCUCUCUACAGGGCUCGCUCGAAGACUACCAAGCUCUCCUCAAACCACCGCAUCGACUCUCGAGCCUCGACCAGAAGGCGGUACAAGCGGCGUUGCGGACAUUACCUGCGCAGUUGGAAGAGACGAAGAACAAGGAGAUGGCAGAUAUGAUGGGCAAGCUGAAACAGUUGGGGAAUGGGAUAUUGAAGCCAUUUGGGCUGAGCACGGAUAAUUUUCAGUUUACAAAGGAUGAGAAGAGUGGGGGGUAUAGUAUGAAUUUUAACCAAGGUGGUAAAUAGAAUUUGCGAGAAGAACAAGAUGUUGCUAGCAUGUUUUUUUUUUUGCAAUUGUAGUCUUGAUGCGUAGUCUUGCGGAUGGUAACUAGAUCCGAUAUUACGGAGAUGGUAUGAAAGAGGCGAGAUCCAGAGCGAUGCGAGGGAGCUGUGAUCCACGCUGAGCAAUACGUAGCACUCGUAACGAACAUUGCGUCAGCAUGAUGCGCUACGUGUAGAUACACUAAGGGACUCGAAAGCAGAAAACAUAGCUGCCGAGCAAACGAAUAAAGCCUUGUGGCAAGGGCUGCCGCGCGGAAUGUAU